GUUGCCGCUCUAUGCCGCUCCGCCCCGGCUCUCUGGUCCCAGAAGGCGCCGGGUUUACCAAGAUGGCGGCCGACGUGUCCGUUACUCACCGGCCCCCGCUGAGCCCGGAGGCUGAGGCUGAGGCCGGCGAUGCUUCGGAGCGCCGGGUGCCCGAGGAGGAGCUGCCGCCGCUAGACCCGGAGGAGAUCCGGAAACGCCUGGAGCACACCGAGCGCCAGUUCCGUAACCGCCGCAAGAUACUGAUCCGAGGCCUCCCGGGGGACGUGACCAACCAGGAAGUGCAUGACCUGCUCAGCGACUAUGAGCUCAAGUACUGUUUUGUGGACAAAUACAAAGGGACAGCCUUUGUGACGCUGCUGAACGGGGAGCAGGCCGAGGCAGCCAUCAGCGCCUUCCACCAGAGCUGCCUGCGGGAGCGCGAGCUGUCGGUGCAGCUGCAGCCCACGGAUGCGCUGCUCUGUGUGGCCAACCUGCCCCCCAGCCUCACGCAGCAGCAGUUUGAGGAGCUAGUGCGGCCCUUCGGCAGCCUGGAGCGCUGCUUCCUGGUCUAUAGCGAGCGCACUGGCCACUCCAAGGGCUAUGGCUUCGCCGAGUACAUGAAGAAGGACUCAGCCGCCCGUGCCAAGUCAGACCUGCUGGGCAAGCCACUGGGCCCGCGCACCCUCUACGUGCACUGGACGGACGCCGGGCAGCUGACGCCUGCCCUACUGCACUCCCGCUGCCUCUGUGUUGAUCACCUGCCACCUGGCUUCAGUGACGUGGAUGCCCUGCGCAGGGCACUCUCGGCGGUCCACACACCCACCUUCUGCCAGCUGGCGUACGGCCAGGACGGGCAGCUGAAGGGCUUCGCCGUGCUGGAGUACGAGACAGCGGAGAUGGCCGAGGAGGCUCAGCAGCGGGCUGAUGGGCUGGCCCUGGGGGGCAGCCACCUGCGUGUCUCCUUCUGCGCCCCUGGGCCCCCUGGCCGCAGCAUGCUGGCUGCGCUCAUCGCUGCCCAGGCCACAGCCCUCAAUCGGGGCAAGGGGCUCCUCCCUGAGCCCAACAUCCUGCAACUGCUCAACAACCUGGGGCCAUCUGCUUCCCUCCAGCUGCUGCUGAACCCCCUGCUCCACAGCAAUGCAGGGGGCAAGCAGGGCCUCCUAGGCGCUCCCCCAGCCAUGCCACUGCUGAACGGGCCAGCCCUGUCCACGGCGCUGCUGCAGCUGGCCCUGCAGUCCCAGGGUCAGAAGAAGCCUGGCAUCCUGGGAGACUCUCCCCUGGGCCCCCUCCAGCCUGGAGCCCAGCCGGCCAACCCCCUCCUUGGAGAGCUGUCUGCAGGGGGGGGCCUGCCCCCGGAGCUGCCACCCCGGAGAGGGAAGCCGCCACCCCUGCUGCCGCCACUGCUUGGCCCCUCUGGAAGUGACCGGGAGGCCAUGGGCCUGGGCCCCCCAGCAGCCCAGCUCACUCCACCCCCCGCCCCCACGGGGCUCCGAGGCACUGGCCUCAGAGGCCUUCAGAAAGACAGUGGGCCUCUGCCAACGCCCCCUGGGGUCUCGCUGCUGGGGGAGCCCCCUAAGGACUUCCGGAUCCCCCUGAAUCCUUACCUGAACCUACACAGCCUACUCCCGGCCAGCAACCUGGCGGGUAAGGAGGCCCGGGGCUGGGGGGGCGCUGGGAGGAGCCGCCGCCCAGCUGAGGGCCCCCUGCCUCCCCCCCCAGCCCCUGGAGGCGGCAGCGGUGGAGGUGGCGGCGGCAGCAAAGCCUUCCAGCUCAAGUCCCGCCUGCUCAGCCCCCUCACCAGCGCCCGCCUGCCCCCUGAGCCAGGGCUACCUGACAGCUACGGCUUUGACUACCCCUCGGACAUGGGACCUCGGCGGCUCUUCUCACACCCCCGGGAGCCUGCCCUAGGGCCCCAUGGACCCAGCCGACUCAAGAUGUCCCCCCCACCUAGUGGCUUCGGUGACCGGAGUGGCGGGGGGCCCCUCUCUCACUUCUAUUCGGGCUCACCCACUUCCUACUUCGCCAGCGGCCUGCAGGCUGGCCUCAAGCAGAGCCACCUCAGCAAGGCGGUUGGCUCCUCUCCGCUGGGCUCCGGAGAAGGGCUCCUGGGCCUAAGCCCCGGGCCCAAUGGCCACAGCCACCUGCUGAAGACCCCACUGGGUGGCCAGAAACGCAGCUUUGCCCACCUGCUGCCCUCGCCUGAGCCCAGCCCGGAAGGCAGCUACGUGGGCCAGCACUCCCAGGGCCUUGGUGGCCACUACGCGGACUCCUACCUGAAGAGGAAGCGGAUUUUCUAAGAGGCCAGCACCAGAGAUGCUCAAGGGCCUGCACCGAGUCGCUUUGGGAUUUUCUGGUGUUUUGUUUUGUUUUUCUUUUGGUAAUAGAAGAAUGUUGGAAAGACUUUUCUGACCAACUAGCCGGAGCCCAGGGAGUGUGGGGGAGUCUGGGGGCCACUCUGCACCUCUGGCCUGCUCUGGGCGCCGAAACCCUGCAGCCUUAAAGAGAGAGGGCCCCAGCCUGCGUUGUCUACCCUCUGCCGUCUCCUGUGCUCCGCCCGUGUCCACCUCUGGGAGUCUUCUGCUUCGUUGCUCCUGUGUCUCGGCCUGUCGAGUGCCUUGGAGGUCGUCUCCCUGACCUCCCGUGAAGAUCAGAGACUGCUCCCUUUUUUAACUUUGACAAUUGACUUUUGUUUUCUUUUCUAAUUUUUAAUGUUUUUUUUAAACAAUCCAGAACCCCAGCUCUGAUUUCUUCAAGGCCCACCAUGACUGGGCCUCUGGUCCACACUUUUUGGUUUGAAUGGUCCUUUUCUCUUUUCCCUGUGUCUACUGCAGGCAAGGUCCUUUCCUGCCCCUGCCUGCCAACUCUGGCCUGCACCCCAGCCCUGGGUCCCUGAGUCCCUGCCACAGUUCCCUUGCCUUCUGAUGCCUUAAAGCCAGGCCCCAGGCCCCGCAAGCCAGAGCCUUUCAG